GGGAAUGGAGAAGAGGUGCAUUCUCUGGCUUUCAACUCUCUUCUGGACAUCGAGGAAGAUGGAUCCUUCAGUGGCAACUACUCCCUUGCUCAGGGCUAAACCAUGGCGUGGGGCUACAAGAAGUUAAAGCCGCCUCUCUCAUCAUCAGGGGCUUUUACGACAUUUUACAGACACAGUGCGCACAGGGCUUGCUCCGCAAGGCCCUGAAGAGCUGCCACGGGAGGAAAAAAGCCGUCAGAGCCCAAAAGUGCUUCCUUCCCUCCCUCCAGCAGGCUCUGUGUGCACGACAGCAGCGGUCGCAUAGCAACGGCAGAAGGAAGGCGCCAGCKCUGCCCCCCUCGCUCCCCGCGCAGCAACGGCAACAGCAAGGUCUUACUUCAACUGUCAAAAUGGACCUUGAUAUCCAGUGUGAAGAGAUGAACCCAUCUAGAUGGGCUGAACUUCUCACCACAAUGAAAUCUUGCAAAACCAUCAGGAUGGAUGACUGCAAUCUUUCCAGCAGUAACUGCGAGGAUCUCUGUUCCAUCAUCAAUACAAAUCCAUCCCUCACAGAGCUGAAGCUGAACAACAAUGAGCUGGGAGAUGCAGGUGUUGAGCACCUGUGUAAAGGGUUGCUGACACCAAGCUGUAGCCUACAGAAGUUAUGGCUGCAAAACUGCAAUCUGACGAGCGCCAGCUGUGAAACCCUGUGCUCUGUCCUGUGUGCCCAGCCAUCCCUGACAGAGCUGCAUGUGGGAGAUAACAGACUGGGAACUACCGGAGUGAGGGUGCUGUGCCAAGGGAUGAUGAACCCCAACUGUAAGCUGCAGAAGCUGCAGCUGGAAUAUUGUGAACUCACAGCUGAUAUUGUGGAAGCCCUCAAUGCUGCUCUGCAGAGCAAGCCAACCCUGAAGGAGCUCAGCCUGAGCAACAACACGCUGGGAGAUAAUGCUGUAAAACAGCUGUGCCAGGGACUGGUGGACUCAAGCUGCAACCUAGAGCUACUACACCUGGAGAACUGUGGCAUAACCAGUGACAGUUGUAUGGAGAUUAGUACUGUUCUCAAGAACAAGCCGUCUCUGAUGGAUCUUUCUGUGGGGGACAACAAGAUCGGGGAUACUGGUCUGGCUCUGCUGUGCCAAGGACUGAUGGAUCCUAACUGCAAAAUCCAGAAGCUGUGGUUAUGGGACUGUGAUCUCACAAGUGCUUGCUGUAAAGAUCUCUCCAGACUUAUCCUUGCAAAGGACACCCUCAAAGAGAUCAGCCUGAUAGAUAAUGACCUGAGAGAUGCRGGGAUGGAAAUGCUGUGUCAGGCGCUCAAGGACCCCAAAUCUGAACUUCAGGAGCUAUGGGUUAGGGAGUGUGGGCUCACCACUGAUUGCUGCAAGGCUGUCAGCUCUGCUCUCACCACCAAUAAGCAACUGAAAGUACUGCACAUGGGUGAGAACAAGCUGGGAGAUGCAGGUGUGGAAAUCCUGUCUGAAGGGCUGAUGCACCCCAACUGCAACAUCCAGUCCUUAUGGCUGGGUAACUGUGACCUGACAGCAAGCUGCUGUGCUACCCUCGCCAACAUCAUGGCCACCAAGCCGUGCCUCACCGAGCUGGACCUGAGCUACAACCCUCUGGGAGAUGAAGGCAUCAGGAAGAUCUGUGAAGCCGUGAGGAAGCCCAGCUGCAACCUGCAGCAGUUAAUUUUGUACGACAUUUUCUGGAGUGCUGAAGUGGAUGAUGAGCUGAAAGCCUUGGAAGAGUCUAAGCCUGAAGUGAAGAUCAUUUCAUGAGUGGUGACUGCCUGCAGAACAACAUCAAAGCAAUGUCCUCUUCUUAAUCUGAACUUUCCAUACAUAAAACAAAUUAACUUAAUAGCGUAUUUUCUUGUACCAAAAUCAUUUGGGGAUUCCCUGAGUGGGUGCCUGGGGAGCUGAUCAACCUUCUCUGCAUCUCUGGAUGUACUAACUCUGAGACUCAUGAAAGCUGCAGCAUCACUAUCCUUGAAAUAAACAAUUACUGUCUUGUAGAAGUGGGUCUCUAGCCUUUAGGAGCUCUUUAAUCCUAUAAUCCCUUCUAACGAAUUAGUUGGGCUUUAAAGAGAGCUCCUUUCCCAAGGCAAGAGAACUACCCACUGUAUUGUUACUGGGUGGUGCUUUURAUAGGUCUCUGGGGAAGGCUCUCAAAAAAACGAAAUGUUUUCAAUCUAAAAUGGAGGCCUCCCCUGUCUUUCCCUGAAAGAGUUCUUGGAAAAGCAGUGGUGGCCAAGGCACUGGAGAAAAAAGAAAUGAGCAGCUGUUCAGCUGUGUAAUGUCAAAAUUGGUGUCCUUUGAAAAGUGAUUUUCCUACAAACAAAAGAUGCUGUGUGCAUUUCUGCUAGUAUGGGAAAUGAUUAAAUGAUUGAUAUGUUUGAUCUGGCAAAGAGUGGUUCUACAGGAACUUUAUACUUAAUUUUUCUACUUAUAAAAAUAAAAUAUAUCUGUAUAUUUCUCCUUUAA